CGUGCGUAGCCAACCGUGCUAAUCGGAGGUGCGGAGGAAGGACAACAAACCUAAACGCAAAACAAUAAACUUCUAAAGAAGCGAGUUUUCAAUCUAGCUCCAGUUGCUUCCUAUUAUCGGAAGGAAGAGCGACGUCGCCAUUGAUGAUUGGCCCUGGACAGCGCGUGCAUUGGUAAGCACCAUGCACGGCAGGCCGUUGUCGGCUGCUGUGGGGCUUAUGUGGUUGGGAGCGGAGGUCAACGCAGCGGAAUCCAUUGUACUGCACUGCAUCUAUGCUCCCCGCCUGUUACCAAUCCUCACCGACCGGCGUCGCAAAGCACUGUGAGGUCACGACCCCCGCGGGGGGUGGCGGGGAGAGGCCCUGGCCUGGCGGGGGACUGACAAAGAGUUCUACAGGGCCCUUACAGGCAGGGCCCUUACAGGUGCGAUACCCGGCCCUGGUGGGGUGAAACGUCGAGGCGGACACGGGGCAACUGCGUAAGAGCGUCAAGGUUCAAAGUCCACGGAGGGCAUCAGGCAAUCGCUGCGGGUGUGGGGAUCAAGCCUGUCGUAGGAGGCGCUGGACACAAACGCGGCUGACGGUGAUUGCGGCAUGUGGAGCAGCAGAGUGUAGAUGGAGUGUCGAGGCGUCUCGUGCGGUAAUAACCCUGAAGGCUCGGGGCUCCCGGCACUACAAGCCGAGGCUGCCACGGAGCGCACGGGAAAAGUAAUCUGCCGUGGCUUAUUUCGCAUCGCAGGAAACCGUUAUUGCACUCUUUCUCAUCAUAGUCUCGCCAUUAAUGUGCAAUGCUCCUCUGCCGCUCUGAGUUCAAUUGGCUAUUCGUGGAUAAAAGAACAAUUACUCUUGGUAUAGAAGUCAUUCCACAGCGGUAUUUGUAUUGCUGCUGCCAGGGCUGACGCGUCAAAUUAAGCUGAAUUAUUGGGUCAAAUGUGUAUAUAUAUUUAAUGUGGAGCCUGUUCUGAUAAACUACACAUUAUUAGCUUUCAAAUGACAUCUCGCUCGAGGAAGAGUCGUUUGUACAAAGGUACAUUGUACAUAAUGGCAGAUUAGCUGCUUAGUUAUAUUUACAGUACACAUCAAGAGUUCAUAUUUAUAAUGCGAUGCCUAUACCCUUGUCCAAGUACCACGAGCAGAUAGACCACAAUCGGUGGGGUGGAUCAUUGAUUGGGAAUGUGUUUUCCUGAAUCAGGACAUUUAUUUAUUUUGGAUGAAUCCGAUGAGCUACAAAGCUCUUUUUUCACAGAUGUCCAGUGUAAUCCUCCGUACGUUUCACAUUCAAUGCCGAUGAUUGUAGAUAACCCUCCAAUCCAACAAAAUGAACCCUGCAGAGGAUGAAUGCCUCACAAGUCCCGUGACAUACAGGACAGUGCUCGAUGAGGCUCUGUCCACCACGGGCACAUGACUUGUUUAGUCUCUUCGUGUCUGAUGUGUGAAACAAUACCUCGAUGGCUUCACACAUCACCCUGAGGAGCCGUUCUGCAAUUGCACACUCAGGGCCUCUGUGACAGCUGCCAUUUAGCAGCUCCUCGACUGCCAAUGAGACACGUGGCUGGCUGUGAUGUGCGUGGCUAAAACAAGGUCAAAAGGGGGCUGCCAUGUAAAUAUAUUUGUGUCUUUAGUUUUGUCGACAUCGAUUAGCAGCACGGUUGGCUACGUACGCGGUGCGAAAGGCAUUCAACGUACACGCACGACGUACAUUUGAGCUAAUCACGUGAGGAGGCUAGAUGAAUGGGUAGCUUUAAAUGUAUAUGCGCUAUGCAUGAUGAUUGGGAUGCUGCGAUUGCGUUGCCACCUGUGUGUGGGUUUACAUCAGACAUUCUGGGAUUUGGAAUCCGUGUACGGGUGACAGGAAUUGAUACCGAACGAAGAUCGGGUGGUAUUGUGCUGAACGUUCGGACAUUAAAUUGCGCAGGUGUGAUAGACCUCGGCUAGAACACCUGUUUCAUUGCCAGAAAGGGUAAAAUCUAUUCUUAUUUUUCAGACCUAGGCUGUCUGAUUUUUGUUUAUAUAUAUAUAAAUGUUUGGCCUGUGGAGAAGUUGACAACCCUACGCUGCUGUGGUGGAAUGGUUAGCACACCGGACUUGCAAUCCAAUCGAAUCCCGGCGUGGCGGCGGAAUGAAUGUGGACAAGUUUCUUAACCCAACCCACCAACCUCCGCCCACCUGGCCGCAUAAAUGGGUAACAACCACAGACGAUCGACCGGUCGCGCGUGCGGUGGUGGGUGAUAUGUGGCUACUCCCACCACUUCUAAGCGCCUCGUGCCAGCCUAGAAGAGUUGUCGUGCUUAUGCCUGACUGAAGGAGGACUUUGUCUGUGGAGCUACGAGACGGAGCACUGUUCAGCUCUGCCUGCUGGGAGACAACCUCUUUUGACAGUGGCGGUGAGCAAAUUCAUUUCAGGGCUGAACCUUUUUUUAAAAAAAAAAAAUACCUUUUAUGUCGAUUGAAUACACACGAGGAGGGGUAAUGUCGGUCAUUCAGAUAAUGAGAGCUGCGCCCGAGCUCACCGUCUUUUACGCAUGUUUCAGUCGUCGUUAUUUAGCCUCCGUUGUGUUUUAUCGAGUGUCCCAUGCGCUGGCAGGCGUGAUGUCGCCGUUCCGUGCCCGCGCGCGAGCUCUAGAAUCUGGCACGCAGCGCCGCGCGUCGUUCAUCGAUCGGUGGACGGGGCACGCUGUCCCUCGCCGCCGCCGCCGCCGGCCGUCCGUACGUGCCAUUGCUUUGCUCAGAAGGCGCGGACUGUGUCGUGGAAGUGGGCGCUUGUUGCUGGCGUCUCGUCGGGAUUGUCUCGUGACACCGCCCGUGCUCACGAGGGACACAGCAGGGAUGACGGGAGGUUCAUUCAGACAGGCGUCAAACGUCGCCAAAUAUCGGGAGGAGAGUGCUCGCGCGUUGCACUUUAAUAUUGGGGGGGGGAAAAUUACAGUUCUCCUGAGUGCAUUAUAGCACGGUUAUUUGUAACAGGAGAUAUGUCUGAAACUCCCUCUCCUAUAAACCUCAUCUGAAUGCGUCUUUAAUAUCUUUUUAUUAUUAUUCUGAUCUGAAAAAAAAAACGUGUUGGCUUCCCAUCUGCGAGUUGUAAUUGUAAUGCAGGUUUAUUACGUAAGACUGCGUCGCCUGCGUCCAUGCGUAAUGCUGGACGCGUUAUAGCAUUGGCGACGUGAGUUCGCAUUCACAUCUGCGACAUCGCUUUGGCCACACUGCCUCGCGUCUUAUUGAUGUGGGUCCAUGCUGUGGUCGUGGGAACUUGGUCCCACAAGGCAGAAUUAGUUAUUCGACUCGCAACUAUUGACCCGCGGCGCACCACGGGGAGGGAUACGAUGGACGGAAGAAGAAAUUGGAAUGGGGAAGAGAGAAGAACGUCGGCGGCGGCGUCCGAUGGAGAGCUGAGCGGACGGGACCUGCACCCGUGCAGCAGCGAGCAGAGCCUGAGCAGCAAUGCGAGCCUUCCCAGCAUGCCAUGCGGGCCGGGCUACGAAGGCCGGGCGGCGAGCUGGGCCGUGUGCUUCGAGCGCCUGCUGCACGACCCCCUCGGCCUGCAGCUCUUCACGGCUUUUCUCAAGAAGGAGUUCAGUGAGGAGAAUAUCAUGUUUUGGCAGGCGUGUGAAGACUUUCGACAGAUCCCGUCGGACCAGGCUGCCCAGCUCUUUCAGACGGCGCGUCAGAUUUACGAGCGAUUCCUGUCGGAGAAGGCUGCCAUGCCCGUCAACAUCGACAGCCAGGCGCACAUUUCGGACGACAACCUGAACGCUCCGCACCCUGCGAUGUUCCACCUGCAACAGCAACAGAUCUUUAACCUGAUGAAGUUCGACAGCUAUUCACGCUUUCUCAAGUCGCCCCCGUACCAGGAGUGCCUACUCGCCGAGGUGGAGGGCCGCCCUCUGUCGUCGGCGCUUGCCGACGCGGGCCACGCGGCCGCCACCGAAAAGCCCGGCGGCGCGUCCAGCACCGUGGUCACGCCCAAGAAGUCGACCAAAAAGGCGAAGGCGACGAAAGCUGCCGGAGAGGAUGAGGAGGAAGGCAGACGGAAAGCGGGGAGCUCUGUCGGUGGUGGCGGUGGCGGCACACACGGAGUUGGCGGCUUUCCCUGGAUCAUCGGCAGCAAGUCGAGCAUCACCCGCACGGGCAGACGUGGAGACGAGCACGACUCCACCUCCGACUCGAGCGUGGACAUGGCGCGCUCCAACUCCGUCGGGUCCCUGACGACCACCAAGAGUGAAUUCCAUUCUCCGCCUUCGCUAGCGGCCUCGAGCGAGGGCCAGAUGGGCCCCGUGGAGGCCGGGGACGCGCAGGAGAAGGGCCGCGUGGGCCCCCUGUGCCGCGUGCUGCUGCCCGACGGCUCGUCGGCUGUGAUCACCGUGAGCGCCGAGCUGUCGGUGCGCGAGGCGCUGCGCCCGCUGUGCGACAAGCGCGGCCUCACGGUCGUGGCCCUCGACGUCUUCCUGGUGAAUGGCGACCGGCAGCUGGUGUUGGAACAAGAGAGCCUGACGCUCGCAAACAGGGAAAUCCGGCUGGAGCGCAGGAUCCUCUUUAGGCUUGAUCUGCUGCCCAUCACCAAGUCGGUGGGCGUCAAGGCCAAGCCCAACAAGGCGGUGGAGGACGUCCUGCACUCGGUGGUCCUCAAGUACGGCCUCAAGCUCAAGGACAUGGUGGCCUACAUGCAUGGCAACACAGAUACGCUGGACAUGAGCGUGCCUGUGUCUCAGCUGGACGGCAAGCAUGUGGUGCUAGAAGCUGCCAACCACAGCAAAGAAAGAACCAUCGACGGGAAAUUCAAGCUGCGUGAGGUGAAUUCUGCUCCGGCUUCCUCUGGACUCGCAUCGAAGACCAGUGGACAGUCACCCGCAGAGCAGGACGCUGCUGCCAAGGGCAAGAAAGCUUCACAGCCAAAAGUUAAAGAUAGCGAUGAGUGGCUGGAGCUGCUGUCCCGGGCACAGCGGCGGCGUGCCGAUGACCAGCGCGGUCUGCUGCGCAAAGAAGACCUAGUGCUGCCCGACUUCCUGAGAGUCGCGAUGGGUCCAGAGCCUCCCUCCUGCUCCUCAUCCUCCUCCACGGCAGCUGACAGAACAGGCCAGGGCGCGCCUUCGGGGAGCUUGACGCCACAGAGCCAGACCUCGGGCGUGGAGAGCCAAGUGGGCCAACAGCCGUUCGCAUCGGAAUUGUCACCCAACGCACACCAGCCCGUGUCGCAGUCCUCCUCCUGUCCACACCUGGAGAUGAAGCAGGGUGGUGGACCAAAGUUGCAGCCAAAUGUGUUGCAGAUAUCAAUAAUGUUCGAAUCCAGGGUCGUUCACACGCCGGCAGGCGCUCCGGGGCAGGCAGAGAAACCCCAGGACUUGCACGCGGUCGCAAAGCAAGCCUCUCACGGCCACGAAAACAAAGGUCUGGCUCGGCUGCAGGAUGGAAGCAAGGCGAUUGGCAAGGCCUCCUCCGAGGAGGUGAUUGUGGAAUUUCCACACCCUCCGAACUCCCACGCCUCGCCAUCGGCGGCAGCACCGGGACAAGAGUUGGCCGAGAAAGAGCUUGUGAACUUUGUGUGUACAGUCACGGCGCCGGAGGUGGUGGAGAUAGUGGACGCUACCCUCAACGAGAACGCAAACAAUUCAUCGGAUGUAAAAAAAGCCAAUGGACAGCAGGCACCAGAGUCGCAGAGGCCGACGGAACCCCCUCCAGAGGAAGGGGGCCCGCUGGAGAAAGCACUGUCGUCGCUGCCUGCCGACUCGGACAAAUCUGACGGCACGGAGGGCUCGUCGACGGGGGACGCGGCGACUGCGGAGAGCACGGAGAACAACAGAGCUGCUCCUCCGGGCUUCGACGCGCAGAAUGUGGAAUCGCAGUCCUAACAUGAGUCGUCCGCACGGUACAAAGAGAAAGGUGUAAGAGCCAGACGUCUUGGCCAGCGAGUGACAUUUUUUUUAGUUAUUUACAACAAAAAAAAAGAAUUCACGCUCAAAAAAUUAACACAAAUAUUAACCCACAGUGCAGUCAACAUUGUAUGUUUCCGAAAAGUAUAAAAAAUUAAUUCCAUAAAUAUCGCACUCGUGGAUUGUCCACGCAACUGCUUCAACUUGGCUGCAUAGGCCCUCAACUCUUCCACUGCAUUCGCUAGACCAAACACCGCAGGGGGCACAACGUACGGACGUAUCACGGCGUCUGGUUUAAAAUUAUUUAAAACAUUUUCAUCAAUUA